GGCCGCCCCGCAGCGAUGGAGGCGCGGGAGCCGCUGCGGGACGUGCGCGGGGCGCUGCGGGCGGUGCUGGCGCGGCUGCGAGAGGGAGAGCCGAGCGAGGGCCGAGAGCCGUUCGAGCUGCCGCGCUUCUGGGACGCGCUAGGUCAGACAUUCCAAGUAACAUCACAAGAAGCUACAAAGCUGAGUUUGGCAUUCUCAAGGCCUCCACUACCUUCUGCAGAGAACUGCCGGAAGCUGAGUGAGGAUGUCCAAAAUGCCAUUCUUGCAGUUGCCACAGUGUACUACUGGCUACCCAAGGGCCAAGGUACUACCCUUCGGAAGAUGGUUCGAGAUGCCACCACUGAAGUAGUGGAAGGGAUGAUCCAGCUCACAGACACAAUUCUGAAUGCCCCAGUGGAGAGCUUGUCUCAGGAACAGCUGAUAUCAACUGGAGGUGUGUGGGAGGCCUGUGAGCAAGUGUCUAACCUGCCACGAGAUAACCAGGCAGCAGUUGUGUCAGCUCUGGCUGCAUCUCUAGGUGUGGUCAAGGAUGCUGUGGAGGAGAUGGAACAGGCACUGGUGGAAGGGCAGGAUCCCUAUGGGGACAUCAUGGAAGAUGAAGAGUUGGGCUUUCGGGGCAACAGGGACACGUACUGGUCAGAGGCUGACAGGCGGCUGCUCAGCUCCUGCAUGGGACUCAUGAAGGCUUCUAAAGCUUGCCUGAAGAAGGUCUUGGCUGCAGUGAAGGCCCAUGGCAAAGCUGAUUCUCCAGAGCACAUUGCACAGCUGGAUGACCUUGCUGACAUUGCUAAUGAGAUCAGCCCAAGUGUUGAUGAGCUGGCACUGAGCAUGUACCCACCUGUGAACCCACUGGCUGUGCGACUUAAUGCUGCUAAGCUGGCCUCAGUAUUAACGAAAGUCUUAGAGAUUGCCAAGACAAGCCAUGUGUGUCCACCAUCAGAGGAAGGCUGGGUGCAGUUUCUAACUGGUGCAGUAGAUCACAACAUGAACAAAGUCAAGAACUUCACACAGGGUCAGCUUUAACUCUUCUGUGCCUGCGUAUGCUGCUGCCACUGGCUCUGGCAUCUGCAUUUCCAGUGAACUUUGCUGUUCUUUGGCUGUUUGGAAAAUGAUGAGAACAAUGGAGGAGAGAACUUCACUGCUACUUGGAAGAACCUCUCCAGGAAGUUGCCCUUUGCCAUGGCAAAGGUGUCAUUUUGCUUGGAUUCUUGGGAUGAUGCAGUGCUGCUUCUGAACAUGCCCCAUUCUUUGGACAUUACAGCUACUGUGGGGUUCAGAGAAAAAUAAAAUAUUGCUAGAUUUA